GAGAGAGAGAGGACGAGGAGGAGGAGAAAAAAAAUCUCAAACUGGUCUGUCUUUGCUAAGGGCUAGAGAUGUAUGCGGGGUUUGGGUAAACACGAGCCUGCUCGGAAUAGUGUGAAAAAGACAUGCUGAAAGACUGAGAGACGAUUAAAGAGCCCAAGAGCGGCGGGAAGGACCGAGCCCCACCCCGGGAACGACCCUAGCUGUUUCGGCCCUGACAACUUUGAGCAACUGCAGCAGCAGCAGUAGCGCGGGGGGGAAGGGAAGGGGGAGAGCUAAAGGCUUGGUCAGGGCCGAACCCCUCCAUCCUCCAUCCAGUCGGGAGUCGCCUCCCCCCUCUCCAGCUCACCAAGCCCCUCCCCUCGUCUCCUCCCUCCUCCCCUCUGGAUUAACAGCUUCAGUUCCAGCCGCGGCCACGGGCAGCCGCGGAGGGCGGGGACUGUGGGUGUAAACCAGUGACUCGGCUGGGGCCUAAGGAAGUGGCUUCUCUCCUGGUGGACGGGCCGGAGCUCCUGCGCCCGCCCGCCCGCCGCAGCUCCUCAGAUCUCUCACCCGCAGCCCCGGAUCGCGGGGUUCCACGCGGUCUUCACAGAGCGGAAGAGACUGGCCCGAUCGCCCGCAGCGGACACCCUCGAGCAGCGGCUGCAAUUGCAGAGACCCGAAAGAUAAUACAGAAGAUGAAGCUCACGGCUACAAACGGCCUCCAAGGGGAGGAAAGCCCAGAGAGAGCUGAAUCGGAAAACGAAGAACUGAAUUCAAAUGCGGGGCUAGACCUGCCAUUUAUGAUGUUGCCCCACCCCCUACUUCCCGUUAGCCUGCCUCCUGCAUCAGUUGCCAUGGUGAUGCAUCAGAUGAACCACUUCAAUACUAUUUCCAAUAUGGCUGCAGCAGCUCAGAGGCAGAGUCCACUCUCCAGAGCAGGUGCUUCUGUUAUCAGAGAAACCGACAGCUCUUCUCCUGCUACUUCUCCAGAAGAGAGCGGUGGGCCCGAGGGCCUGGAUGCUUCUAGCUGCUCACCUUCCCAGCUUGAGGACACACCCAAGGUAAUUUCUUUGAUGCCUGAUGAUGGAGAGAAAGAGCUGCCUGAUCAAGGUAAUGGAUCGAAUCCAAAAAAACUCCAGAAGGAAAAUGUUCUAUCCCUCAGUCAAGAGCUUUUUAUUGAGCACAAGGUACUGUGGGGGACAAAAAGAAGCAUCAGACAGGGAACCUGCCCUCAAGAUGCUUACAGUCAAGUUUGGGAAGCAAGACAAACAGGAGAGAUGCAAAUUGCCAUUCCGGUAAUGAAACCAAACCUAGAUAAAGGUCAGCUGGCUGGACAGCUCGUGGCUCCUGGAUUCACAACCCCUUUUAUUUUUGCUGAUAGCCUUUCCUCCGUGGAAACGCUUUUAACCAAUAUUCAGUUCCUGCUGAAAGUGGCCCUAGACAGUGCCCGCGUCCAGGAAAGACAAAUGCAAGAAGAAAAGAAGGAGCUGAGAAUGGAGCUCUACAGAGAGAGGGAGAUGCGGGAGACCCUGGAGAGGCAGCUGGCAGUGGAGCUGCAGAGCCGGGCCACGGUUCAGAGGCGCCUGAAGAAAGAGAAGAAGGCCAAGAGAAAGCUCCAGGAAGUCCUGGAGUUCGAGUCCAAGCGCAGAGAGCAAAUGGAGCAGGCCCUGAGGCAGGCCACUGGAGGUGACAGUGUGCUCAGCAUCCUCAGAGGUUUUGGAUUCUCAGAAAGAGAUCUUGAAGGCAUUGGGACUGAGUCUGACAGUGCAGAAAUGCAAGAAAACAUCAACCCCACCACCAUGUACUGAAGGGACUUUCUAUUACAAAAAAUAUAUAUCUAUGUAUGUACCAUCAUCCAUUAUCUGAAGACCCAUGUAUAUUUCAUUAAAGAAUAUCCUACCAACCUUUCCAUGCUUUCCAGUGCUGUGUGAGGAAUGAAAGUUGCAGCAUGAAACUGAAAGAAGAUUUGUCACAUUUUAAUCAGCAGCAGUAUUGUGAAGAAACAUGGAAAGGUUUUAUAAGCUCCCCAUGCUAAGCUAAGCCUGUUGCAGUUGAUCGUUUGUAGGUCCCUCCUCCCAGAGAAGUUUUAGAAUUUUUAAGCACAUGCAAGAAUUAUUCCCUCUGAGAGAACUAACUUUUCCCCCCAUCCCCACCCCCUUCCCACCCUUUAAAGAGGCAGUAGUUUUGUUGAACAGUGGCACAAAUAUAUUAAUCGGCCUGAAACGUCCCCACUGGCUUUACCUAAGUGCAGGUCCUGAGUCCGCUUUUGCACCAAGACCAAUCACCGUGGAGCUGUUGCAGUUGUGUUCGUACUUUAAGCUUUGUUUACUGAUCCAGAUAUUCAAUAAAUAUUACAUUUUGCUGA